GUGACAUAAGAUAGAAGGGAGCGAAUGGAUUUAUUCUGUUCUGCAAUCGAAUAAAAAAUUUAGAAUAGAUCCAUCUAAAUUUAGAAUAGAUGGGACGUUUAAAAUUAAUGCCAACGGCAAAUUAAAUUGAAGAAACUUAAAAGUACUGACAUAAAAUACCAUUUCGUAUGAAAAAUUGCAAAACACAGUAUAAUAAUAACUAACCAAUGCAGUUUGUGUUAGUAGGAAAAUUGGGAAUGUCCGUUUAGCUUUCAAAAACCAGAACAGAACACCCUGAUUUUGUCGAAUAGAUGGUGAUCUGAAUACUUUUUUUAAAAAAGUUUUUUGUGGUUAUUGAUUCCUAUGUAGGUCAGUGGAAUUAUCAUAGAAUAGGUGAUAAGAAUAAUGUUGUCUUGUAUGGGAUUUCCUCCGUCUACUCGGAGGCACUUUGCUGAUUUUGACGCAGGAUGUUUUUCUACGGCAGCUGAUUUGUCUUUGUCAAGCGCAAUGUCUUCCCUUGCCCGAUUUCAUGCAAAGCAACAAGUCAGAACAUCAGAGCAGACCUUCGGUGAAGUAAAUCAACUUGGCGGAGUUUUUGUCAACGGUCGCCCGCUACCUAACGCCAUUAGACUGCGGAUUGUCGAACUAGCUCAACUUGGCAUCAGACCUUGUGAUAUCAGCAGACAAUUGCGAGUUUCACACGGGUGUGUGAGCAAAAUCUUGGCUCGUUACAACGAAACAGGUUCAAUAUUACCAGGCGCCAUUGGGGGCAGCAAACCUCGCGUUACCACCCCUUCGGUGGUUAACGCUAUCAAAGAUUACAAAGUCAGAGAUCCUGGUAUUUUUGCCUGGGAAAUCAGAGAUAGACUUUUGUCGGACUGCAUAUGCGACAAGUACAAUGUGCCGUCUGUCAGUUCAAUAAGUCGUAUUUUGAGAAAUAAAAUUGGGAAUGUGCUACACCCGAACAACCCACUAAACCCAAAUUAUACUCCUGGGCCAACUGAAGUGAUGAAAGAAGUUACGGCUACUGGGCCAAAUCCGUACAGUAAUCAUGCAAGUGCAAUGUACACACCGUACAUGAUUCAACAAGGAGGAAAACCUACUGGUUUGGCACCCGUUCCGACGGUGCCCACAGCACCUCCGUCGUUUCGUACACCAGGAAUGCAUUAUUCGAUGUACCAUUCACAUUCAAUCAGUGAAAUACUCGGGUUUCCACGAUUUGAUCAGCCUCAGAUUUCAGUAUCCGUAACCAAUUCCAGCGUACCCGGAAUGAACGGACACUACAGCAGUCAACCCAAUCAUAUCUCUCCCGUUAUUGACGGAAUUUCUACCAGUAUGUCAGCCAAGAUGGAGGACUGGUCCGCAGUCCCAGCAUACGGUGUGACACCACCCGCCCAAGUGACAUCUGUCGAAGUCAAUGGAGGGUCAGCAAAUGAAAUUGAGAAAAACCAUAACGUUUCGCAUACCAACAUCCCUUCUAAUAAUCAUGUGCAUUCCACAGCUUACAGUUCGAUUAAAACGACAGUGGAAAACGACUAUUCUACAACAUCGACACCUAGUUUACCUGCCACAUCUUACCAUAACAGUCACGCGUACUUACCUCAUCAGUAUGCUGCCGUACCUUCCAUGAAUGGGUGGCAUCACGAUCACUCCAGGGCCUUGCACGCUGCUAAUGGAUCGCCAACAUCUGCUGGUCACACGAUGUUACCAACGAUGACGCAGACGCAACUCGGACAUCACCAUCAGCAUCAUGCACAAUUGCACCCGCAGCACAACUUGGCAGUUCAUCCCUCACAAAAUGGCGUCCCAGUCCAGUUACCAGUUUACUUAAAAUCGCAAGCAACCGCGACGAGAGACAGUAAACUUAUCAACGGGACAAAGUCGCCAAGUCACUCACACACACCGGUCUCGGCAAUGGCAACAGCAAACGCCUCAUAAAGAGAGGUUU